GCCUCCCCAGGUGUUCAGCACCUACUCCAACGAGGAUUACGACCGUCGCAAUGAGGAUGUGGAUCCCAUGGCAGCCUCCGCUGAGUAUGAGCUGGAGAAGCGGGUGGAGAGGUUGGAGCUGUUCCCUGUGGAGCUGGAGAAGGACUCUGAGGGCCUAGGCAUCAGCAUCAUUGGCAUGGGCGCCGGGGCCGACAUGGGCCUGGAGAAGCUGGGCAUCUUCGUCAAGACCGUGACAGAGGGUGGGGCGGCCCAUCGGGACGGCAGGAUCCAGGUGAACGACCUCUUGGUAGAGGUGGACGGGACGAGUCUAGUGGGAGUGACCCAGAGCUUCGCAGCGUCUGUGCUCCGGAACACCAAGGGCCGAGUGCGGUUUAUGAUUGGCCGGGAGCGGCCGGGAGAGCAGAGUGAAGUGGCCCAGCUAAUCCAGCAGACCCUGGAGCAGGAGCGAUGGCAGCGGGAGAUGAUGGAGCAGAGAUACGCCCAGUACGGGGAGGAUGACGAAGAGACAGGGGAGUAUGCCACUGAUGAGGAUGAGGAGCUGAGUCCCACGUUCCCGGGUGGAGAGAUGGCAAUUGAGGUGUUUGAGCUCGCAGAGAAUGAGGACGCGCUGUCCCCUGUGGACAUGGAACCCGAGAAGCUGGUGCAUAAGUUCAAGGAGCUCCAGAUCAAACAUGCUGUCACUGAGGCAGAGAUCCAGCAGCUGAAAAGAAAGCUGCAGAGCCUGGAGCAGGAGAAGGGGCGCUGGCGGGUGGAGAAGGCGCAGCUCGAGCAGAGCGUGGAGGAGAACAAGGAGCGCAUGGAGAAGCUGGAGGGCUACUGGGGCGAGGCCCAGAGCCUGUGCCAGGCUGUGGACGAACACCUGCGCGAGACCCAGGCCCAGUACCAGGCCCUGGAGCGCAAGUACAGCAAGGCCAAGCGCCUCAUCAAGGACUACCAGCAGAAGGAGAUAGAGUUCCUGAAGAAGGAGACUGCACAGCGUCGGGUUCUGGAGGAGUCAGAGCUGGCCAGGAAGGAGGAGAUGGACAAGCUCCUGGACAAGAUCUCAGAACUGGAAGGAAGCCUGCAAACACUGAGGAACUCCAAUUCCACUUAACAGGAAGCAUUCCUUGACUGGACAAUAAUUAACCCCCUCCCACUGUCCUCCCUCCCCUGUCCUCAAUACCCCUCCCCGCCCCCUACCAGCCUGGGGACAGGUGCCCCGACUCCCCCACCCCUCCACCUCACCUCCCCCAGCUUCAGGGACCAGAGGGCCCAUAUCAAGGCCCCUUCAGGUGGCCCGGGCAGACAGGUGGCUGGAAGGGCGGCCUCCCUCUUGCCCCAUGGGGCUGAGGUGCUGAGGCCAGGGGCUGCCGAGGGCCGGCCUGGGCAGUGGACGGACGCAAGGACCUGCAGAUCAAACUGCCAGACAUUCCAACCUCCAACUUUUGUCUCUGGACUGGAAUGGGGCUGGGCUGUCCCCGCAUCUCACAGACUGGAGGCUGCUCCCUGCCAGGGAGGCCUCUCCACUUGAGACUCCACUUUCUUGGCCCUUGCCCCCCCCACCCCGUUGUGCUGUCUGUUGCAUCCUGACCCGCCUGCCGGUGGGGGGCUUGCCUCCACGCCUCCCGCCCUUCCGCCCUGUCCUGGGAGGGAUAGAGUCCGCCCCAGAGCCCAGAGGCUGGGCCUGGCCCUGGCCCUGCACUGACUUCUCCAGUGUCCUUCAGGAAAGGGAGGAGGGAAGGAAGCAGGGAGAGCUCAGGACACCUGGGGCCCAGCUCCCCCUUGUGGGCAGCAGCCCUCACUGUCUCCUCGUGCCUCCCUCUCCCAGGUGCCAAAUAGCCAUAACCUCCUACAGGAACUGUUGCGCUGGCCCCGGGGCCCGGGUUUCCCGGCCCAGCCUGGGGACGCCAGGGAGGAGAGGUCAGCUUAGGGGGCCUGGCUGCAGAGACCCUGGUCCUAGGCGAGGGGAGUACAUCUCCCUAGAGAGUCAGGUCUGUCCCACCCUGCCCAGGGCAACGCCUGGAAGCCUUGUACGAACACCACAGAUUCAGCCCCAUUCCCACGCUUUUCCAGCGUUUUGACUGGGGGGCAAAAUGUUGCUACUCAUCUUUUUGGAGACCGGGGCUACUCAGCUGGUAGUCUGCCUUCUAAGUGAAAUCGACUCUGUUCCCCACUUUAACCCCAAAUUGGGGCUAGGACCAAGGGAGGUGAGACCCCCCCCAGGUCCCCUCCCCUCUCAGAAUCCAUCUCAUUUUGCCACUUCUUCAUACCCCUGCCCCAAGCCUGGGUUUUUGUUCAUUUUUUAAAAAAAACAGACUACCCUGUCUUACCCGUUUCAGCUUCUUUGUCCCCUGUAAAUAGACCAUGCCAUCGAUCAGUAUUUCUUGCCCCCUCUCCCUCCCCCAGACGUGCCCCCACCCCCUGAAAGCUGGCUGUCUCGGUGCCCGGCCCCGUGCAUUCACCCCGGCAGAUGGAGGGGGCAGAGCCGGGGCUGCGGGGCGCUUCCCAUUUGUUGGGCCAGCGGCCGCCCCUGCCCAGCCAUCCAGAGGACCGCGUCUCUGUAUAUAAUAUAUAUAUAUGUAUGUAUUGUUCCCGGUUUUGUACGGACCAUGCCCUCUGUCAGGUCGUUCCCAUAAAAGCAGCCCCCAGAA